AUGCUUCGCCACGCGCUGCUCAAGACCGCGGCCGCUCGCCGCAUGGCGCCGGCCCGCUCCAUGAGCUUCUUCUCCAAGUUCACGGAGCAGGUCAAGGAAGAGCUCGCCAAGCUCGAGAAGAACGAAGCGGUGCAGGAGGUCGUCAAGGAGACGGCGGACAAGUCCAAGGAAGCCCGCGACGAGUUUGAGAAGCGCGCCAAGGAGAAGCGCGAGGCCUUUGAAGCCGCGAUGCGCGAGGUGCGCGAUCAGGCGGCCGCCGAGGCCGGCAAGAGCGAGUACGUCAAGGAGGCCAAGUCCAAGUUUUCGACCCGCUCAACUCGGCGACGAGACGCUCGUCGAAACCUUCUUCGAGGUCUUUGGCGCCGGCAAAAGAAGUCGGUCGAAGAGACGCUCACGUCAUCGCUCUCGGAGAAGAAGGUCGCCAAGCCCGUGACCGACGACGACGAGGAAGAGGCCGCGCCGUACACGGGGCCGACGGCCAUGGUGCUCGUCAAGGGCGAGCAGACCGCGUGGGACCGCAUCGGCGCGCGCCUCAAGGAAACGCCGAUCAUCCAGGGCCUUCUCGAGGCGGCGCGGCUCGCGGCCAAGACCAAGGCCGGCCAAACCGUCGGGUCGGGGGCCAAGGUCGCCAAGGACAAGAUUGGUGACGCCACCGAAGACGUGCGUGAGUACUGGGAGACGAGUCAGAACCCGUGGGUCUACCGGCUCUCGUCGAUCUACGACGGCCUCUUUGGCGAGACAGCCGAAAGUAUUGCGAUCCGCGAGAUCCGCCGCGCCGACCCGUCGUUCAACGUCGAGGAAUGGAAGGACAACGUGGCCGAGUCGGUGGUGCCGUUCGUGCUCGAUGCGUUCCUCAAGGGCAACAGCCGCGACCUGAAAAAGUGGAUGGGCGAAGCUGCGUACAGCACCGUCAACAUGGCGAUCCGCGAGCGCAAGACGGACGGCUUGGUCGUCGACCCGAACGUGCUCGCGAUUCGUGACGUCACGGUGAUCGCGCUCUCGGCCGAGGACAAGCAGGCGCCGGUCAUUGGUCUGCAGCUCAUGGCGCAGCAGAUCCACUGCAUUCGGAACCGCGAAGGCGAGAUCAUCGAAGGCGCCGAAGACGAGAUCAAGGCCAACUUUUACGUGUUUGCCUUCCGACGCGAGUACGACGAAGACGAGAUGGCGCUGCGGUGGAAGAUUGUCGAGUUCGGUGUCAUUGGCUCCGUCCCGUACAUUUAG